CCACCUGGCACGCUAUGGCAAUUACACAUGCAGCAUAGUCAGCGCUGCUUUACAUUUUUAAUAACUCAACAAUAUCCACUCCACUCCGCUGGUUCAUCCAUGAUCCUUUCUAUUCGGUGACCAUACUUUUGAAUGAUUCUUUCAUUUGUAUCUAUAGAGAAAUUUAUACCAAGCUGAAGGAGGAAUGUCGGGUGUCUCUCUCGCUGUGACCCCACCACGUGAGUCUGAUGGAACCACAACUUCAGCAACGAAGCAUCAGCAAGAGGUUCCGCUUAAACAACAGCUACAGCAGAAUUCUGUGGUUGGAGGAGUAAUGGGAUCAUUGCGUGCUAUAGAGCUUCAACUUGUAGCUUUUAUCAUGGUUUUCUCAGUUAGUGGCCUUGUCCCACUACUUGAUCUAGUCUUCCCUGCCUUUACCUCUGCUUAUCUUUUAGCCCUCUCGCGUUUUGCCUUCCCUUCAUAUGGCAGAACCUCAUCAGAAAUUUUCCAAGGAAGCAGAUUUUUUAGGUUCUACGUCAUUUUGGGAACUACCAUAGCGCUUUUCUUGCCUCUAUCCUAUGUGUUGGGUGGGUUUGCAAGGGGUGAUGAUCAUGCAGUCCGGUCAGCAACACCCCAUUUGUUCUUGCUCUCAUUUCAGAUUCUUACUGAGAACAUAGUAAGCGGUCUGUCGUUGUUUUCACCACCUGUGAGGGCAUUGGUACCCUUGCUUUAUACGGUCAGGAGGAUCUUUGUCAUCAUUGAUUGGAUUAAUGAUGUGUGGCUUAACAAAACUCUACCAGCAAAUGCUCAAGUUAAGGACAUUGCGUGGUAUUGGUUUGGGAGGAGUCUAGCAGUAGCCAAUCUAGCAUAUUUCUCAAUCAAUCUAUUUAUCUUUUUGAUUCCGAAAUUCGUUCCACGGGCUUUCGAGAUUUAUUUCAGGGAGAGGGAUGAAAUUGAAUCAAAGAUGGCAGAGGACAAGCGUUCUGCAGCUGCAAGCAAACCCAAAUCAUCUGCAUAUAAGAAGGCUGCUUAGCUCAUUUCUGUUUUUUUUAUCGUAACACUUGGAGCAGUUCUUUUACUUGUUUAAGGAUUUUUUGUUGGAGAAGGACAUGUUUUUACCAGCAACUAGACUUUUAUUUCUUCUAUAACCUCUUGGACUUGAACAUUGCAAAUCUUGACUGUUGUGUUUAUUCUUGAUGUUUGCUAAAUUAAUGAAUUCCUCUUUUGCUUCAA